AUGAAAGUAAACAUAUUGAAAGAAGAAGAAGCUAUUCAGACAGAAAAGAGAAAAAUAGAAGAAGAAUACGCUAAGAAAAUGAAAGAACUUGAAGCUCGAUCACUACAAAGAAGAAACCAACUAAUCGAUGUUAAAGAGGAAUUCAGAAGAAUACAAAUCAAAGCAGAAAAAGAGAUCGACAAGGAGCUUGGGCUAGAAGAGGACUAUGUCGACGGGCCAGAAUGCGCCGAUUCCGAGCAGAGCGAACAAAAACCAAGGAUCAAGACGGAGAACUAUAGCGGGUUUACGACUAAAGGCCAAGAAGAGACGCAGAGCGUGAAGGGCAAAACGUCGCCAGCGAUGGAGAUUGGCCAAGACCUUUGGAAGCAGCUGAAGAGAGUGUCAAUCCCUGUGUUCAACGGAGACAAAGCCAACUACGAGAAUUGGAAAGCAGCAUUCGAGGCAUGCAUCUACAAGGCACCAGCUACUCCAGAGUAUAAGCUACUCCAACUCAGACAAUAUUUGUCAGGAGAAGCACUCAAGACCAUAGCAAACCUCGGUCAUUCAGCGUCCGCUUACGACGCUGCAAAGAGCAGGCUGGAGAGGAAAUACGGCGGAAGAAGGAGGCAGAUCGCGCUGCAUCUUGAAGAACUUGAGAACUUCAAACCAGUAAGGCCAGGACACCCAAAAGAUAUCGAGAGAUUUGCAGACAUUUUGGACAUCGCAGUUGUUAACCUGAAGGAGGCUAGACGAUACGAAGAACUGGGUAAUGGAUCACUCUAUGCAAAGUUGCAGAAGAAAAUGACGGAGCAAAUGUUGGCACAGUACCACAGAUGGAUAUAUGAAAGAAGCAAAAUGGAAUGCGUAGAAACCUUACGAGAGUGGGUAAUACAAGAGGCGGAGUUCCAGACAAUAGCAGCCGAAACGCUACGUGGACUAUCAAGAAGCUCAUCUAGUACACAACGGAAAGAUCAGACAUAUUUUGGCCAACCAAGACAACAAAGCGGCUGCAAGGAUCAACAGAGAGACAGAAAUCGAGCAUGCAAGGUCUGCGGAGAAGGGCAUCCAGCUUGGUUAUGUGGCAAGUUUAAAGCUAUGGCAGUACCAGAGGUGGGAAACAGCCAAGCAACACAGUUUGUGUUACAGAUGUCUAGGAGCCAACCACACCGACUGUUGCAUGAGGACAAGAAGAGGGUGUCGGACGAGGAGAAGAGUACAGGUGAUCAAAAGGCCAAUGGCCGCCAAGAUACAAAGCAAGGCGUGCAAGGACCUGCCACGGAGGGGGAGCAGCAGAAAUCCGAGAGAACACACACGACCACGGUACAUGCCAAAGAAAACGUCAAAGAGGAAUACAUCGCUUUGAGAACAGUACCCGUAAUACUAAAGAAUGGCGGGCAAAAACUAGUCGUGAAUGCACUGCUGGACGACGCCAGUACCAAGACGUACGUAAAUAGUGAUGUCGCCGCUGAUUUAGGACUACAGGGCGAGAGUCGUAAAGUGACAGUCAACGUUCUUAAUGGCCAGGAAGAUAUUUCCGAGACGAUGCCGAUCGAGUGUGGGAUAGAGAGCUUAGAUGGCAAAAUAAACAUGAAGAUUACUGCGUUUACAGCGAAAAGAGUCACAGGCAACAUGAAAGCAGUUAACUGGGCCAGGUGUGCCAAGAACUGGAGCCACCUAAAAGAUAUAAACUUCCCUUAUCUGGGGCCACGCCCGAUUGUUGAUAUCCUGAUCGGUAUCGAUUAUGCUGAUCUACACUAUUCAAUCAAAGAUGUAAGAGGGAAACCAGGCAAGCCAGUGGCAAGAUUAACACCGUUAGGAUGGACAUGUAUCGGACAUCCCAGCGUAUGUCAUGAGAAGGGUUAUCGGACAAACUUUAUAGGUACUUACUUCAUGCGUGAGGGACCAAGUAUUGAGUUGGGCAACGCUAUUCGAAAGUUCUGGGAGAUUGAAGACGACGGAUUACAAAUGAAAACCAAGAUAUUAAAGCCAGAAGAUCAAAUCGCACUGGAAGCACUUAAGAAGUCAAUAAAGUUUGAAGAUGGACGAUACGAGAUUGGAGUACCAUGGAAGGAAGAGAAACCGCUCAUUCCAGACAACUACGAGACCGCGCUGCGGCGGUUGCAGAAUACAGAGAAACGGCUGUGCAGGGAUCCAGAGAUAGGAAAGAGUUACUCAGACGUGAUCAAUCAGUACGAAGAAAAGGGUUACAUAAGAAAGGUUCCAGAAACGGAGAAAAGGCCAAGCGAAUCAUGGUAUUUGCCCCACUUCGCUGUCGUAAGACUAGACAAAGAAACGACGAAGACGAGAAUCGUAUUUGAUGCGUCCGCUAAGUGCAGCGGGAUUUCCCUGAAUGACGUCAUUCACCAAGGACCCAAGUUGCAGCGUGAACUUUUCAGUGUUUUACUACGAUUUCGCAAGAACCCCGUAGCAUUAGUGUGCGACAUCGCAGAAAUGUACUUACGAAUAAGCCUAGCACCAKAAGACAGACCAUUUCAUCGAUUCUUGUGGAGAUCGUUGGAUCAGACUAGGGCACCAGAUGUGUACGAGUUCAAUAGAGUAGUUUUUGGGGUGAAUUCGUCACCAUUCCAAGCUCAGUUUGUCACGCAAGAGCAUGCGCUAAAGCAUAAAGAACAAUUUCCAGUGGCAGCAGAGACGAUUUUGAAGUCAACCUACAUGGACGAUAGCAUGGACUCCACUUCAGAUGACGACACAGGAAUAGAACUGUACAGACAGUUAUCAUAA